AUGGAGUGUCAAGACCUUCGAAGGAGUGUCAAGGCUCACGAAGGAGUGUCAAGGCUCACAAAGGAGUGUCAAGGCCUACGAAGGAGUGUCAAGGCUCACGAAGGAGUGUCAAGGCCUACGAAGGAGUGUCAAGGCUCACGAAGGAGUGUCAAGGCCUACGAAGGAGUGUCAAGGCUCACGAAGGAGUGUCAAGGCCUACGAAGGAGUGUCAAGGCUCACGAAGGAGUGUCAAGGCUCACGAAGGAGUGUCAAGGCCUACGAAGGAGAGUCAAGGCCUACGAAGGAGUGUCAAGGCUCACGAAGGAGUGUCAAGGCCUACGAAGGAGUGUCAAGGCUCACGAAGGAGUGUCAAGGCCUACGAAGGAGUGUCAAGGCUCACGAAGGAGUGUCAAGGCUCACGAAGGAGUGUCAAAGCUCACGAAGGAGUGUCAAGGCCUACGAAGGAGUGUCAAGGCUCACGAAAGAGUGUCAAGGCCUACGAAGGAGUGUCAAGGCUCACGAAGGAGUGUCAAGGCCUACGAAGGAGUGUCAAGGCUCACGAAGGAGUGUCAAGGCUCACGAAGGAGUGUCAAGGCUCACGAAGGAGUGUCAAGGCUCACGAAGGAGUGUCAAGGCUCACGAAGGAGUGCCAAGGCCUACGAAGGAGUGUCAAGGCUCACGAAAGUGUCAAGGCCUACGAAGGAGUGUCAAGGCCUACGAAGGAGUGUCAAGGCUCACGAAGGAGUGUCAAGGCCUACGAAGGAGUGUCAAGGCCUACGAAGGAGUGUCAAGGCUCGCGAAGAAGUGUUAAGGCUCACGAAGGAGUGUCAAGGCCUACGAAGGAGUGUCAAGGCUCACGAAGGAGUGUCAAGGCCUACGAAGGAGUUCAAGGCUCACGAAGGAGUGUCAAGGCCUACGAAGGAGAGUCAAGGCCUACGAAGGAGUGUCAAGGCUCACGAAGGAGUGUCAAGGCCUACGAAGGAGUGUCAAGGCUCACGAAGGAGUGUCAAGGCCUACGAAGGAGUGUCAAGGCUCACGAAGGAGUGUCAAGGCCUACGAAGGAGUGUCAAGGCUCACGAAGGAGUGUCAAGGCUCACGAAGGAGUGUCAAGGCUCACGAAGGAGUGUCAAGGCCUACGAAGGAGUGUCAAGGCUCACGAAGGAGUGUCAAGGCUCACGAAGGAGUGUCAAGGCUCACGAAGGAGUGUCAAGGCUCACGAAGGAGUGCCAAGGCCUACGAAGGAGUGUCAAGGCUCACGAAAGUGUCAAGGCCUACGAAGGAGUGUCAAGGCCUACGAAGGAGUGUCAAGGCUCACGAAGGAGUGUCAAGGCCUACGAAGGAGUGUCAAGGCCUACGAAGGAGUGUCAAGGCUCGCGAAGGAGUGUUAAGGCUCACGAAGGAGUGUCAAGGCCUACGAAGGAGUGUCAAGGCUCACGAAGGAGUGUCAAGGCCUACGAAGGAGUGUCAAGGCUCACGAAGGAGUGUCAAGGCCUACGAAGGAGAGUCAAGGCCUACGAAGGAGUGUCAAGGCUCACGAAGGAGUGUCAAGGCCUACGAAGGAGUGUCAAGGCUCACGAAGGAGUGUCAAGGCCUACGAAGGAGUGUCAAGGCUCACGAAGGAGUGUCAAGGCCUACGAAGGAGUGCCUACGAAGGAGUGUCAAGGCUCACGAAGGAGUGCCAAGGCCUACGAAGGAGUGUCAAGGCUCACGAAGGAGUGUCAAGGCUCACGAAGGAGUGUCAAGGCCUACGAAGGAGUGUCAAGGCUCACGAAGGAGUGUCAAGGCCUACGAAGGAGUGCCAAGGCUCACGAGGAGUGUCAAGGCCUACGAAGGAGUGUUAAGGCUCACGAAGGAGUGUCAAGGCCUACGAAGGAGUGUCAAGGCCUACGAAGGAGUGUCAAGGCUCACGAAGGAGUGUCAAGGCUCACAAAGGAGUGUCAAGGCCUACGAAGGAGUGUCAAGGCUCACGAAGGAGUGUCAAGGCCUACGAAGGAGUGUCAAGGCUCACGAAGGAGUGUCAAGGCCUACGAAGGAGUGUCAAGGCUCACGAAGGAGUGUCAAGGCCUACGAAGGAGUGUCAAGGCUCACGAAGGAGUGUCAAGGCUCACGAAGGAGUGUCAAGGCCUACGAAGGAGAGUCAAGGCCUACGAAGGAGUGUCAAGGCUCACGAAGGAGUGUCAAGGCCUACGAAGGAGUGUCAAGGCUCACGAAGGAGUGUCAAGGCCUACGAAGGAGUGUCAAGGCUCACGAAGGAGUGUCAAGGCUCACGAAGGAGUGUCAAGGCUCACGAAGGAGUGUCAAGGCCUACGAAGGAGUGUCAAGGCUCACGAAAGAGUGGCAAGGCCUACGAAGGAGUGUCAAGGCUCACGAAGGAGUGUCAAGGCCUACGAAGGAGUGUCAAGGCCUACGAAGGAGUGUCAAGGCUCACGAAGGAGUGUCAAGGCUCACGAAGGAGUGUCAAGGCCUACGAAGGAGAGUCAAGGCCUACGAAGGAGCGUCAAGGCUCACGAAGGAGUGUCAAGGCCUACGAAGGAGUGUCAAGGCUCACGAAGGAGUGUCAAGGCCUACGAAGGAGUGUCAAGGCUCACGAAGGAGUGUCAAGGCUCACGAAGGAGUGUCAAGGCUCACGAAGGAGUGUCAAGGCCUACGAAGGAGUGUCAAGGCUCACGAAGGAGUGUCAAGGCCUACGAAGGAGUGUCAAGGCUCACGAAGGAGUGUCAAGGCUCACGAAGGAGUGUCAAGGCUCACGAAGGAGUGUCAAGGCUCACGAAGGAGUGCCAAGGCCUACGAAGGAGUGUCAAGGCUCACGAAAGUGUCAAGGCCUACGAAGGAGUGUCAAGGCCUACGAAGGAGUGUCAAGGCUCACGAAGGAGUGUCAAGGCCUACGAAGGAGUGUCAAGGCCUACGAAGGAGUGUCAAGGCUCGCGAAGGAGUGUUAAGGCUCACGAAGGAGUGUCAAGGCCUACGAAGGAGUGUCAAGGCUCACGAAGGAGUGUCAAGGCCUACGAAGGAGUGUCAAGGCUCACGAAGGAGUGUCAAGGCCUACGAAGGAGAGUCAAGGCCUACGAAGGAGUGUCAAGGCUCACGAAGGAGUGUCAAGGCCUACGAAGGAGUGUCAAGGCUCACGAAGGAGUGUCAAGGCCUACGAAGGAGUGUCAAGGCUCACGAAGGAGUGUCAAGGCCUACGAAGGAGUGUCAAGGCUCACGAAGGAGUGUCAAGGCUCACAAAGGAGUGUCAAGGCCUACGAAGGAGUGUCAAGGCUCACGAAGGAGUGUCAAGGCCUACGAAGGAGUGUCAAGGCUCACGAAGGAGUGUCAAGGCUCACGAAGGAGUGUCAAGGCCUACGAAGGAGUGUCAAGGCUCACGAAGGAGUGUCAAGGCUCACGAAGGAGUGUCAAGGCUCACGAAGGAGUGUCAAGGCCUACGAAGGAGAGUCAAGGCCUACGAAGGAGUGUCAAGGCUCACGAAGGAGUGUCAAGGCCUACGAAGGAGUGUUAAGGCUCACGAAGGAGUGUCAAGGCCUACGAAGGAGUGUCAAGGCUCACGAAGGAGUGUCAAGGCCUACGAAGGAGUGUCAAGGCUCACGAAGGAGUGUCAAGGCUCACGAAGGAGUGUCAAGGCUCACGAAGGAGUGUCAAGGCCUACGAAGGAGUGUCAAGGCUCACGAAAGAGUGGCAAGGCCUACGAAGGAGUGUCAAGGCUCACGAAGGAGUGUCAAGGCCUACGAAGGAGUGUCAAGGCCUACGAAGGAGUGUCAAGGCUCACGAAGGAGUGUCAAGGCUCACGAAGGAGUGUCAAGGCCUACGAAGGAGAGUCAAGGCCUACGAAGGAGCGUCAAGGCUCACGAAGGAGUGUCAAGGCCUACGAAGGAGUGUCAAGGCUCACGAAGGAGUGUCAAGGCCUACGAAGGAGUGUCAAGGCUCACGAAGGAGUGUCAAGGCUCACGAAGGAGUGUCAAGGCUCACGAAGGAGUGUCAAGGCCUACGAAGGAGUGUCAAGGCUCACGAAGGAGUGUCAAGGCCUACGAAGGAGUGUCAAGGCUCACGAAGGAGUGUCAAGGCUCACGAAGGAGUGUCAAGGCUCACGAAGGAGUGUCAAGGCUCACGAAGGAGUGCCAAGGCCUACGAAGGAGUGUCAAGGCUCACGAAAGUGUCAAGGCCUACGAAGGAGUGUCAAGGCCUACGAAGGAGUGUCAAGGCUCACGAAGGAGUGUCAAGGCCUACGAAGGAGUGUCAAGGCCUACGAAGGAGUGUCAAGGCUCGCGAAGGAGUGUUAAGGCUCACGAAGGAGUGUCAAGGCCUACGAAGGAGUGUCAAGGCUCACGAAGGAGUGUCAAGGCCUACGAAGGAGUGUCAAGGCUCACGAAGGAGUGUCAAGGCCUACGAAGGAGAGUCAAGGCCUACGAAGGAGUGUCAAGGCUCACGAAGGAGUGUCAAGGCCUACGAAGGAGUGUCAAGGCUCACGAAGGAGUGUCAAGGCCUACGAAGGAGUGUCAAGGCUCACGAAGGAGUGUCAAGGCCUACGAAGGAGUGUCAAGGCUCACGAAGGAGUGUCAAGGCUCACAAAGGAGUGUCAAGGCCUACGAAGGAGUGUCAAGGCUCACGAAGGAGUGUCAAGGCCUACGAAGGAGUGUCAAGGCUCACGAAGGAGUGUCAAGGCUCACGAAGGAGUGUCAAGGCCUACGAAGGAGUGUCAAGGCUCACGAAGGAGUGUCAAGGCUCACGAAGGAGUGUCAAGGCUCACGAAGGAGUGUCAAGGCCUACGAAGGAGAGUCAAGGCCUACGAAGGAGUGUCAAGGCUCACGAAGGAGUGUCAAGGCCUACGAAGGAGUGUCAAGGCUCACGAAGGAGUGUCAAGGCCUACGAAGGAGUGUCAAGGCUCACGAAGGAGUGUCAAGGCUCCCGAAGGAGUGUCAAUGCUCACGAAAGAGUGUCAAGGCCUACGAAGGAGUGUCAAGGCUCACGAAGGAGUGUCAAGGCCUACGAAGGAGUGUCAAGGCUCACGAAGGAGUGUCAAGGCUCACGAAGGAGUGUCAAGGCUCACGAAGGAGUGUCAAGGCUCACGAAGGAGUGUCAAGGCUCACGAAGGAGUGCCAAGGCCUACGAAGGAGUGUCAAGGCUCACGAAGGAGUGUCAAGGCCUACGAAGGAGUGUCAAGGCUCACGAAGGAGUGUCAAGGCUCACGAAGGAGUGUCAAGGCCUACGAAGGAGUGUCAAGGCUCACGAAGGAGUGUCAAGGCCUACGAAGGAGUGUCAAGGCUCACGAAGGAGUGUCAAGGCCUACGAAGGAGUGUCAAGGCUCACGAAGGAGUGUUAAGGCUCACGAUGGAGUGUCAAGACCUACGAAGGAGUGUCAAGGCUCACGAAGGAGUGUCAAGGCCUACGAAGGAGUGUCAAGGCUCACGAAGGAGUGUCAAGGCUCACGAAGGAGUGUCAAGGCCUACGAAGGAGUGUCAAGGCUCACGAAGGAGUGUCAAGGCUCACGAAGGAGUGUCAAGGCUCACGAAGGAGCGUCAAGGCCUACGCAGGAGUGUCAAGGCUCACGAAGGAGUGUCAAGGCUCACGAAGGAGUGUCAAGGCUCACGAAGGAGUGUCAAGGCUCACGAAGGAGUGUCAAGGCCUACGAAGGAGUGUCAAGGCUCACGAAGGAGUGUCAAGGCUCACGAAGGAGUGUCAAGGCUCACGAAGGAGCGUCAAGGCUCACGAAGGAGUGUCAAGGCUCACGAAGGAGUGUCAAGGCCUACGAAGGAGUGUCAAGGCUCACGAAGGAGUGUCAAGGCUCACGAGGAGUGUCAAGGCCUACGAAGGAGUGUUAAGGCUCACGAAGGAGUGUCAAGGCCUACGAAGGAGUGUCAAGGCCUACGAAGGAGUGUCAAGGCUCACGAAGGAGUGUCAAGGCUCACAAAGGAGUGUCAAGGCCUACGAAGGAGUGUCAAGGCUCACGAAGGAGUGUCAAGGCCUACGAAGGAGUGUCAAGGCUCAAGAAGGAGUGUCAAGGCUCACGAAGGAGUGUCAAGGCUCACGAAGGAGUGUCAAGGCUCACAAAGGAGCGUCAAGGCCUACGCAGGAGUGUCAAGGCUCACGAAGGAGUGUCAAGGCUCACGAAGGAGUGUCAAGGCUCACGAAGGAGUGUCAAGGCUCACGAAGGAGUGUCAAGGCCUACGAAGGAGUGUCAAGGCUCACGAAGGAGUGUCAAGGCUCACGAAGGAGUGUCAAGGCUCACGAAGGAGUGUCAAGGCCUACGAAGGAGUGUCAAGGCUCACGAAGGAGUGUCAAGGCCUACGAAGGAGUGUCAAGGCUCACGAAGGAGUGUCAAGGCCUACGAAGGAGUGUCAAGGCUCACGAAGGAGUGUCAAGGCCUACGAAGGAGUGUCAAGGCUCACGAAGGAGUGUCAAGGCUCACGAAGGAGUGUCAAGGCCUACGAAGGAGUGUCAAGGCUCACGAAGGAGUGUCAAGGCCUACGAAGGAGUGUCAAGGCCUACGAAGGAGUGUCAAGGCUCACGAAGGAGUGUCAAGGCCUACGAAGGAGUGUCAAGGCUCACGAAGGAGUGUCAAGGCCUACGAAGGAGUGUCAAGGCUCACGAAGGAGUGUCAAGGCUCACAAAGGAGUGUCAAGGCCUACGAAGGAGUGUCAAGGCUCACGAAGGAGUGUCAAGGCCUACGAAGGAGUGUCAAGGCUCACGAAGGAGUGUCAAGGCUCACGAAGGAGUGUCAAGGCCUACGAAGGAGUGUCAAGGCUCACGAAGGAGUGUCAAGGCCUACGAAGGAGUGCCAAGGCUCACGAGGAGUGUCAAGGCCUACGAAGGAGUGUCAAGGCUCACGAAGGAGUGUCAAGGCCUACGAAGGAGUGUCAAGGCUCACGAAGGAGUGUCAAGGCCUACGAAGGAGUGUCAAGGCUCACGAAGGAGUGUCAAGGCUCACGAAGGAGUGUCAAGGCCUACGAAGGAGAGUCAAGGCCUACGAAGGAGUGUCAAGGCUCACGAAGGAGUGUCAAGGCCUACGAAGGAGUGUCAAGGCUCACGAAGGAGUGUCAAGGCCUACGAAGGAGUGUCAAGGCUCACGAAGGAGUGUCAAGGCUCCCGAAGGAGUGUCAAUGCUCACGAAAGAGUGUCAAGGCCUACGAAGGAAUGUCAAGGCUCACGAAGGAGUGUCAAGGCCUACGAAGGAGUGUCAAGGCUCACGAAGGAGUGUCAAGGCUCACGAGGAGUGUCAAGGCCUACGAAGGAGUGUUAAGGCUCACGAAGGAGUGUCAAGGCCUACGAAGGAGUGUCAAGGCCUACGAAGGAGUGUCAAGGCUCACGAAGGAGUGUCAAGGCUCACGAAGGAGUGUCAAGGCUCACGAAGGAGUGUCAAGGCUCACGAAGGAGUGUCAAGGCCUACGAAGGAGUGUCAAGGCUCACGAAGGAGUGUCAAGGCUCACGAAGGAGUGUCAAGGCUCACGAAGGAGUGUCAAGGCCUACGAAGGAGUGUCAAGGCUCACGAAGGAGUGUCAAGGCCUACGAAGGAGUGUCAAGGCUCACGAAGGAGUGUCAAGGCCUACGAAGGAGUGUCAAGGCUCACGAAGGAGUGUCAAGGCCUACGAAGGAGUGUCAAGGCUCACGAAGGAGUGUCAAGGCUCACGAAGGAGUGUCAAGGCCUACGAAGGAGUGUCAAGGCUCACGAAGGAGUGUCAAGGCCUACGAAGGAGUGUCAAGGCCUACGAAGGAGUGUCAAGGCUCACGAAGGAGUGUCAAGGCCUACGAAGGAGUGUCAAGGCUCACGAAGGAGUGUCAAGGCCUACGAAGGAGUGUCAAGGCUCACGAAGGAGUGUCAAGGCUCACAAAGGAGUGUCAAGGCCUACGAAGGAGUGUCAAGGCUCACGAAGGAGUGUCAAGGCCUACGAAGGAGUGUCAAGGCUCACGAAGGAGUGUCAAGGCUCACGAAGGAGUGUCAAGGCCUACGAAGGAGUGUCAAGGCUCACGAAGGAGUGUCAAGGCCUACGAAGGAGUGCCAAGGCUCACGAGGAGUGUCAAGGCCUACGAAGGAGUGUCAAGGCUCACGAAGGAGUGUCAAGGCCUACGAAGGAGUGUCAAGGCUCACGAAGGAGUGUCAAGGCCUACGAAGGAGUGUCAAGGCUCACGAAGGAGUGUCAAGGCUCACGAAGGAGUGUCAAGGCCUACGAAGGAGAGUCAAGGCCUACGAAGGAGUGUCAAGGCUCACGAAGGAGUGUCAAGGCCUACGAAGGAGUGUCAAGGCUCACGAAGGAGUGUCAAGGCCUACGAAGGAGUGUCAAGGCUCACGAAGGAGUGUCAAGGCUCCCGAAGGAGUGUCAAUGCUCACGAAAGAGUGUCAAGGCCUACGAAGGAAUGUCAAGGCUCACGAAGGAGUGUCAAGGCCUACGAAGGAGUGUCAAGGCUCACGAAGGAGUGUCAAGGCUCACAAAGGAGUGUCAAGGCCUACGAAGGAGUGUCAAGGCUCACGAAGGAGUGUCAAGGCCUACGAAGGAGUGUCAAGGCUCAAGAAGGAGUGUCAAGGCUCACGAAGGAGUGUCAAGGCUCACGAAGGAGUGUCAAGGCUCACAAAGGAGCGUCAAGGCCUACGCAGGAGUGUCAAGGCUCACGAAGGAGUGUCAAGGCUCACGAAGGAGUGUCAAGGCUCACGAAGGAGUGUCAAGGCUCACGAAGGAGUGUCAAGGCCUACGAAGGAGUGUCAAGGCUCACGAAGGAGUGUCAAGGCUCACGAAGGAGUGUCAAGGCUCACGAAGGAGUGUCAAGGCCUACGAAGGAGUGUCAAGGCUCACGAAGGAGUGUCAAGGCCUACGAAGGAGUGUCAAGGCUCACGAAGGAGUGUCAAGGCCUACGAAGGAGUGUCAAGGCUCACGAAGGAGUGUCAAGGCCUACGAAGGAGUGUCAAGGCUCACGAAGGAGUGUCAAGGCUCACGAAGGAGUGUCAAGGCCUACGAAGGAGUGUCAAGGCUCACGAAGGAGUGUCAAGGCCUACGAAGGAGUGUCAAGGCCUACGAAGGAGUGUCAAGGCUCACGAAGGAGUGUCAAGGCCUACGAAGGAGUGUCAAGGCUCACGAAGGAGUGUCAAGGCCUACGAAGGAGUGUCAAGGCUCACGAAGGAGUGUCAAGGCUCACAAAGGAGUGUCAAGGCCUACGAAGGAGUGUCAAGGCUCACGAAGGAGUGUCAAGGCCUACGAAGGAGUGUCAAGGCUCACGAAGGAGUGUCAAGGCUCACGAAGGAGUGUCAAGGCCUACGAAGGAGUGUCAAGGCUCACGAAGGAGUGUCAAGGCCUACGAAGGAGUGCCAAGGCUCACGAGGAGUGUCAAGGCCUACGAAGGAGUGUCAAGGCUCACGAAGGAGUGUCAAGGCCUACGAAGGAGUGUCAAGGCUCACGAAGGAGUGUCAAGGCCUACGAAGGAGUGUCAAGGCUCACGAAGGAGUGUCAAGGCUCACGAAGGAGUGUCAAGGCCUACGAAGGAGAGUCAAGGCCUACGAAGGAGUGUCAAGGCUCACGAAGGAGUGUCAAGGCCUACGAAGGAGUGUCAAGGCUCACGAAGGAGUGUCAAGGCCUACGAAGGAGUGUCAAGGCUCACGAAGGAGUGUCAAGGCUCCCGAAGGAGUGUCAAUGCUCACGAAAGAGUGUCAAGGCCUACGAAGGAAUGUCAAGGCUCACGAAGGAGUGUCAAGGCCUACGAAGGAGUGUCAAGGCUCACGAAGGAGUGUCAAGGCUCACGAGGAGUGUCAAGGCCUACGAAGGAGUGUUAAGGCUCACGAAGGAGUGUCAAGGCCUACGAAGGAGUGUCAAGGCCUACGAAGGAGUGUCAAGGCUCACGAAGGAGUGUCAAGGCUCACAAAGGAGUGUCAAGGCCUACGAAGGAGUGUCAAGGCUCACGAAGGAGUGUCAAGGCCUACGAAGGAGUGUCAAGGCUCAAGAAGGAGUGUCAAGGCUCACGAGGAGUGUCAAGGCCUACGAAGGAGUGUUAAGGCUCACGAAGGAGUGUCAAGGCCUACGAAGGAGUGUCAAGGCCUACGCAGGAGUGUCAAGGCUCACGAAGGAGUGUCAAGGCUCACGAAGGAGUGUCAAGGCUCACGAAGGAGUGUCAAGGCUCACGAGGAGUGUCAAGGCCUACGAAGGAGUGUUAAGGCUCACGAAGGAGUGUCAAGGCCUACGAAGGAGUGUCAAGGCCUACGAAGGAGUGUCAAGGCUCACGAAGGAGUGUCAAGGCUCACAAAGGAGUGUCAAGGCCUACGAAGGAGUGUCAAGGCUCACGAAGGAGUGUCAAGGCCUACGAAGGAGUGUCAAGGCUCAAGAAGGAGUGUCAAGGCUCACGAAGGAGUGUCAAGGCUCACGAAGGAGUGUCAAGGCUCACAAAGGAGCGUCAAGGCCUACGCAGGAGUGUCAAGGCUCACGAAGGAGUGUCAAGGCUCACGAAGGAGUGUCAAGGCUCACGAAGGAGUGUCAAGGCUCACGAAGGAGUGUCAAGGCCUACGAAGGAGUGUCAAGGCUCACGAAGGAGUGUCAAGGCUCACGAAGGAGUGUCAAGGCUCACGAAGGAGUGUCAAGGCCUACGAAGGAGUGUCAAGGCUCACGAAGGAGUGUCAAGGCCUACGAAGGAGUGUCAAGGCUCACGAAGGAGUGUCAAGGCCUACGAAGGAGUGUCAAGGCUCACGAAGGAGUGUCAAGGCCUACGAAGGAGUGUCAAGGCUCACGAAGGAGUGUCAAGGCUCACGAAGGAGUGUCAAGGCCUACGAAGGAGUGUCAAGGCUCACGAAGGAGUGUCAAGGCCUACGAAGGAGUGUCAAGGCCUACGAAGGAGUGUCAAGGCUCACGAAGGAGUGUCAAGGCCUACGAAGGAGUGUCAAGGCUCACGAAGGAGUGUCAAGGCCUACGAAGGAGUGUCAAGGCUCACGAUGGAGUGUCAAGACCUACGAAGGAGUGUCAAGGCUCACGAAGGAGUGUCAAGGCCUACGAAGGAGUGUCAAGGCUCACGAAGGAGUGUCAAGGCUCACGAAGGAGUGUCAAGGCCUACGAAGGAGUGUCAAGGCUCACGAAGGAGUGUCAAGGCUCACGAAGGAGUGUCAAGGCUCACGAAGGAGCGUCAAGGCCUACGCAGGAGUGUCAAGGCUCACGAAGGAGUGUCAAGGCUCACGAAGGAGUGUUAAGGCUCACGAAGGAGUGUCAAGGCUCACGAAGGAGUGUCAAGGCUCACAAAGGAGUGUCAAGGCCUACGAAGGAGUGUCAAGGCUCACGAAGGAGUGUCAAGGCCUACGAAGGAGUGUCAAGGCUCAAGAAGGAGUGUCAAGGCUCACGAAGGAGUGUCAAGGCUCACGAAGGAGUGUCAAGGCUCACAAAGGAGCGUCAAGGCCUACGCAGGAGUGUCAAGGCUCACGAAGGAGUGUCAAGGCUCACGAAGGAGUGUCAAGGCUCACGAAGGAGUGUCAAGGCUCACGAAGGAGUGUCAAGGCCUACGAAGGAGUGUCAAGGCUCACGAAGGAGUGUCAAGGCUCACGAAGGAGUGUCAAGGCUCACGAAGGAGUGUCAAGGCCUACGAAGGAGUGUCAAGGCUCACGAAGGAGUGUCAAGGCCUACGAAGGAGUGUCAAGGCUCACGAAGGAGUGUCAAGGCCUACGAAGGAGUGUCAAGGCUCACGAAGGAGUGUCAAGGCCUACGAAGGAGUGUCAAGGCUCACGAAGGAGUGUCAAGGCUCACGAAGGAGUGUCAAGGCCUACGAAGGAGUGUCAAGGCUCACGAAGGAGUGUCAAGGCCUACGAAGGAGUGUCAAGGCCUACGAAGGAGUGUCAAGGCUCACGAAGGAGUGUCAAGGCCUACGAAGGAGUGUCAAGGCUCACGAAGGAGUGUCAAGGCCUACGAAGGAGUGUCAAGGCUCACGAUGGAGUGUCAAGACCUACGAAGGAGUGUCAAGGCUCACGAAGGAGUGUCAAGGCCUACGAAGGAGUGUCAAGGCUCACGAAGGAGUGUCAAGGCUCACGAAGGAGUGUCAAGGCCUACGAAGGAGUGUCAAGGCUCACGAAGGAGUGUCAAGGCUCACGAAGGAGUGUCAAGGCUCACGAAGGAGCGUCAAGGCCUACGCAGGAGUGUCAAGGCUCACGAAGGAGUGUCAAGGCUCACGAAGGAGUGUCAAGGCUCACGAAGGAGUGUCAAGGCUCACGAAGGAGUGUCAAGGCCUACGAAGGAGUGUCAAGGCUCACGAAGGAGUGUCAAGGCUCACGAAGGAGUGUCAAGGCUCACGAAGGAGUGUCAAGGCCUACGAAGGAGUGUCAAGGCUCACGAAGGAGUGUCAAGGCUCACGAGGAGUGUCAAGGCCUACGAAGGAGUGUUAAGGCUCACGAAGGAGUGUCAAGGCCUACGAAGGAGUGUCAAGGCCUACGAAGGAGUGUCAAGGCUCACGAAGGAGUGUCAAGGCUCACGAAGGAGUGUCAAGGCCUACGAAGGAGUGUCAAGGCUCCCGAAGGAGUGUCAAUGCUCACGAAAGAGUGUCAAGGCCUACGAAGGAAUGUCAAGGCUCACGAAGGAGUGUCAAGGCCUACGAAGGAGUGUCAAGGCUCACGAAGGAGUGUCAAGGCUCACGAGGAGUGUCAAGGCCUACGAAGGAGUGUUAAGGCUCACGAAGGAGUGUCAAGGCCUACGAAGGAGUGUCAAGGCCUACGAAGGAGUGUCAAGGCUCACGAAGGAGUGUCAAGGCUCACAAAGGAGUGUCAAGGCCUACGAAGGAGUGUCAAGGCUCACGAAGGAGUGUCAAGGCCUACGAAGGAGUGUCAAGGCUCAAGAAGGAGUGUCAAGGCUCACGAGGAGUGUCAAGGCCUACGAAGGAGUGUUAAGGCUCACGAAGGAGUGUCAAGGCCUACGAAGGAGUGUCAAGGCCUACGCAGGAGUGUCAAGGCUCACGAAGGAGUGUCAAGGCUCACGAAGGAGUGUCAAGGCUCACGAAGGAGUGUCAAGGCUCACGAGGAGUGUCAAGGCCUACGAAGGAGUGUUAAGGCUCACGAAGGAGUGUCAAGGCCUACGAAGGAGUGUCAAGGCCUACGAAGGAGUGUCAAGGCUCACGAAGGAGUGUCAAGGCUCACAAAGGAGUGUCAAGGCCUACGAAGGAGUGUCAAGGCUCACGAAGGAGUGUCAAGGCCUACGAAGGAGUGUCAAGGCUCAAGAAGGAGUGUCAAGGCUCACGAAGGAGUGUCAAGGCUCACGAAGGAGUGUCAAGGCUCACAAAGGAGCGUCAAGGCCUACGCAGGAGUGUCAAGGCUCACGAAGGAGUGUCAAGGCUCACGAAGGAGUGUCAAGGCUCACGAAGGAGUGUCAAGGCUCACGAAGGAGUGUCAAGGCCUACGAAGGAGUGUCAAGGCUCACGAAGGAGUGUCAAGGCUCACGAAGGAGUGUCAAGGCUCACGAAGGAGUGUCAAGGCCUACGAAGGAGUGUCAAGGCUCACGAAGGAGUGUCAAGGCCUACGAAGGAGUGUCAAGGCUCACGAAGGAGUGUCAAGGCCUACGAAGGAGUGUCAAGGCUCACGAAGGAGUGUCAAGGCCUACGAAGGAGUGUCAAGGCUCACGAAGGAGUGUCAAGGCUCACGAAGGAGUGUCAAGGCCUACGAAGGAGUGUCAAGGCUCACGAAGGAGUGUCAAGGCCUACGAAGGAGUGUCAAGGCCUACGAAGGAGUGUCAAGGCUCACGAAGGAGUGUCAAGGCCUACGAAGGAGUGUCAAGGCUCACGAAGGAGUGUCAAGGCCUACGAAGGAGUGUCAAGGCUCACGAUGGAGUGUCAAGACCUACGAAGGAGUGUCAAGGCUCACGAAGGAGUGUCAAGGCCUACGAAGGAGUGUCAAGGCUCACGAAGGAGUGUCAAGGCUCACGAAGGAGUGUCAAGGCCUACGAAGGAGUGUCAAGGCUCACGAAGGAGUGUCAAGGCUCACGAAGGAGUGUCAAGGCUCACGAAGGAGCGUCAAGGCCUACGCAGGAGUGUCAAGGCUCACGAAGGAGUGUCAAGGCUCACGAAGGAGUGUUAAGGCUCACGAAGGAGUGUCAAGGCUCACGAAGGAGUGUCAAGGCUCACAAAGGAGUGUCAAGGCCUACGAAGGAGUGUCAAGGCUCACGAAGGAGUGUCAAGGCCUACGAAGGAGUGUCAAGGCUCAAGAAGGAGUGUCAAGGCUCACGAAGGAGUGUCAAGGCUCACGAAGGAGUGUCAAGGCUCACAAAGGAGCGUCAAGGCCUACGCAGGAGUGUCAAGGCUCACGAAGGAGUGUCAAGGCUCACGAAGGAGUGUCAAGGCUCACGAAGGAGUGUCAAGGCUCACGAAGGAGUGUCAAGGCCUACGAAGGAGUGUCAAGGCUCACGAAGGAGUGUCAAGGCUCACGAAGGAGUGUCAAGGCUCACGAAGGAGUGUCAAGGCCUACGAAGGAGUGUCAAGGCUCACGAAGGAGUGUCAAGGCCUACGAAGGAGUGUCAAGGCUCACGAAGGAGUGUCAAGGCCUACGAAGGAGUGUCAAGGCUCACGAAGGAGUGUCAAGGCCUACGAAGGAGUGUCAAGGCUCACGAAGGAGUGUCAAGGCUCACGAAGGAGUGUCAAGGCCUACGAAGGAGUGUCAAGGCUCACGAAGGAGUGUCAAGGCCUACGAAGGAGUGUCAAGGCCUACGAAGGAGUGUCAAGGCUCACGAAGGAGUGUCAAGGCCUACGAAGGAGUGUCAAGGCUCACGAAGGAGUGUCAAGGCCUACGAAGGAGUGUCAAGGCUCACGAUGGAGUGUCAAGACCUACGAAGGAGUGUCAAGGCUCACGAAGGAGUGUCAAGGCCUACGAAGGAGUGUCAAGGCUCACGAAGGAGUGUCAAGGCUCACGAAGGAGUGUCAAGGCCUACGAAGGAGUGUCAAGGCUCACGAAGGAGUGUCAAGGCUCACGAAGGAGUGUCAAGGCUCACGAAGGAGCGUCAAGGCCUACGCAGGAGUGUCAAGGCUCACGAAGGAGUGUCAAGGCUCACGAAGGAGUGUCAAGGCUCACGAAGGAGUGUCAAGGCUCACGAAGGAGUGUCAAGGCCUACGAAGGAGUGUCAAGGCUCACGAAGGAGUGUCAAGGCUCACGAAGGAGUGUCAAGGCUCACGAAGGAGUGUCAAGGCCUACGAAGGAGUGUCAAGGCUCACGAAGGAGUGUCAAGGCUCACGAGGAGUGUCAAGGCCUACGAAGGAGUGUUAAGGCUCACGAAGGAGUGUCAAGGCCUACGAAGGAGUGUCAAGGCCUACGAAGGAGUGUCAAGGCUCACGAAGGAGUGUCAAGGCUCACGAAGGAGUGUCAAGGCCUACGAAGGAGUGUCAAGGCUCACGAAGGAGUGUCAAGGCCUACGAAGGAGUGUCAAGGCUCACGAAGGAGUGUCAAGGCCUACGAAGGAGUGUCAAGGCUCACGAAGGAGUGUCAAGGCCUACGAAGGAGUGUCAAGGCUCACGAAGGAGUGUCAAGGCUCACGAAGGAGUGUCAAGGCCUACGAAGGAGUGUCAAGGCUCACGAAGGAGUGUCAAGGCCUACGAAGGAGUGUCAAGGCCUACGAAGGAGUGUCAAGGCUCACGAAGGAGUGUCAAGGCCUACGAAGGAGUGUCAAGGCUCACGAAGGAGUGUCAAGGCCUACGAAGGAGUGUCAAGGCUCACGAUGGAGUGUCAAGACCUACGAAGGAGUGUCAAGGCUCACGAAGGAGUGUCAAGGCCUACGAAGGAGUGUCAAGGCUCACGAAGGAGUGUCAAGGCUCACGAAGGAGUGUCAAGGCCUACGAAGGAGUGUCAAGGCUCACGAAGGAGUGUCAAGGCUCACGAAGGAGUGUCAAGGCUCACGAAGGAGCGUCAAGGCCUACGCAGGAGUGUCAAGGCUCACGAAGGAGUGUCAAGGCUCACGAAGGAGUGUUAAGGCUCACGAAGGAGUGCCUACGAAGGAGUGUCAAGGCUCACGAAGGAGUGUCAAGGCCUACGAAGGAGUGUCAAGGCUCAAGAAGGAGUGUCAAGGCUCACGAAGGAGUGUCAAGGCUCACGAAGGAGUGUCAAGGCUCACAAAGGAGCGUCAAGGCCUACGCAGGAGUGUCAAGGCUCACGAAGGAGUGUCAAGGCUCACGAAGGAGUGUCAAGGCUCACGAAGGAGUGUCAAGGCUCACGAAGGAGUGUCAAGGCCUACGAAGGAGUGUCAAGGCUCACGAAGGAGUGUCAAGGCUCACGAAGGAGUGUCAAGGCUCACGAAGGAGUGUCAAGGCCUACGAAGGAGUGUCAAGGCUCACGAAGGAGUGUCAAGGCCUACGAAGGAGUGUCAAGGCUCACGAAGGAGUGUCAAGGCCUACGAAGGAGUGUCAAGGCUCACGAAGGAGUGUCAAGGCCUACGAAGGAGUGUCAAGGCUCACGAAGGAGUGUCAAGGCUCACGAAGGAGUGUCAAGGCCUACGAAGGAGUGUCAAGGCUCACGAAGGAGUGUCAAGGCCUACGAAGGAGUGUCAAGGCCUACGAAGGAGUGUCAAGGCUCACGAAGGAGUGUCAAGGCCUACGAAGGAGUGUCAAGGCUCACGAAGGAGUGUCAAGGCCUACGAAGGAGUGUCAAGGCUCACGAUGGAGUGUCAAGACCUACGAAGGAGUGUCAAGGCUCACGAAGGAGUGUCAAGGCCUACGAAGGAGUGUCAAGGCUCACGAAGGAGUGUCAAGGCUCACGAAGGAGUGUCAAGGCCUACGAAGGAGUGUCAAGGCUCACGAAGGAGUGUCAAGGCUCACGAAGGAGUGUCAAGGCUCACGAAGGAGCGUCAAGGCCUACGCAGGAGUGUCAAGGCUCACGAAGGAGUGUCAAGGCUCACGAAGGAGUGUCAAGGCCUACGAAGGAGUGUCAAGGCCUACGAAGGAGUGUCAAGGCUCACGAAGGAGUGUCAAGGCUCACAAAGGAGUGUCAAGGCCUACGAAGGAGUGUCAAGGCUCACGAAGGAGUGUCAAGGCCUACGAAGGAGUGUCAAGGCUCAAGAAGGAGUGUCAAGGCUCACGAGGAGUGUCAAGGCCUACGAAGGAGUGUUAAGGCUCACGAAGGAGUGUCAAGGCCUACGAAGGAGUGUCAAGGCCUACGCAGGAGUGUCAAGGCUCACGAAGGAGUGUCAAGGCUCACGAAGGAGUGUCAAGGCUCACGAAGGAGUGUCAAGGCUCACGAGGAGUGUCAAGGCCUACGAAGGAGUGUUAAGGCUCACGAAGGAGUGUCAAGGCCUACGAAGGAGUGUCAAGGCCUACGAAGGAGUGUCAAGGCUCACGAAGGAGUGUCAAGGCUCACAAAGGAGUGUCAAGGCCUACGAAGGAGUGUCAAGGCUCACGAAGGAGUGUCAAGGCCUACGAAGGAGUGUCAAGGCUCAAGAAGGAGUGUCAAGGCUCACGAAGGAGUGUCAAGGCUCACGAAGGAGUGUCAAGGCUCACAAAGGAGCGUCAAGGCCUACGCAGGAGUGUCAAGGCUCACGAAGGAGUGUCAAGGCUCACGAAGGAGUGUCAAGGCUCACGAAGGAGUGUCAAGGCUCACGAAGGAGUGUCAAGGCCUACGAAGGAGUGUCAAGGCUCACGAAGGAGUGUCAAGGCUCACGAAGGAGUGUCAAGGCUCACGAAGGAGUGUCAAGGCCUACGAAGGAGUGUCAAGGCUCACGAAGGAGUGUCAAGGCCUACGAAGGAGUGUCAAGGCUCACGAAGGAGUGUCAAGGCCUACGAAGGAGUGUCAAGGCUCACGAAGGAGUGUCAAGGCCUACGAAGGAGUGUCAAGGCUCACGAAGGAGUGUCAAGGCUCACGAAGGAGUGUCAAGGCCUACGAAGGAGUGUCAAGGCUCACGAAGGAGUGUCAAGGCCUACGAAGGAGUGUCAAGGCCUACGAAGGAGUGUCAAGGCUCACGAAGGAGUGUCAAGGCCUACGAAGGAGUGUCAAGGCUCACGAAGGAGUGUCAAGGCCUACGAAGGAGUGUCAAGGCUCACGAUGGAGUGUCAAGACCUACGAAGGAGUGUCAAGGCUCACGAAGGAGUGUCAAGGCCUACGAAGGAGUGUCAAGGCUCACGAAGGAGUGUCAAGGCUCACGAAGGAGUGUCAAGGCCUACGAAGGAGUGUCAAGGCUCACGAAGGAGUGUCAAGGCUCACGAAGGAGUGUCAAGGCUCACGAAGGAGCGUCAAGGCCUACGCAGGAGUGUCAAGGCUCACGAAGGAGUGUCAAGGCUCACGAAGGAGUGUUAAGGCUCACGAAGGAGUGUCAAGGCUCACGAAGGAGUGUCAAGGCUCACAAAGGAGUGUCAAGGCCUACGAAGGAGUGUCAAGGCUCACGAAGGAGUGUCAAGGCCUACGAAGGAGUGUCAAGGCUCAAGAAGGAGUGUCAAGGCUCACGAAGGAGUGUCAAGGCUCACGAAGGAGUGUCAAGGCUCACAAAGGAGCGUCAAGGCCUACGCAGGAGUGUCAAGGCUCACGAAGGAGUGUCAAGGCUCACGAAGGAGUGUCAAGGCUCACGAAGGAGUGUCAAGGCUCACGAAGGAGUGUCAAGGCCUACGAAGGAGUGUCAAGGCUCACGAAGGAGUGUCAAGGCUCACGAAGGAGUGUCAAGGCUCACGAAGGAGUGUCAAGGCCUACGAAGGAGUGUCAAGGCUCACGAAGGAGUGUCAAGGCCUACGAAGGAGUGUCAAGGCUCACGAAGGAGUGUCAAGGCCUACGAAGGAGUGUCAAGGCUCACGAAGGAGUGUCAAGGCCUACGAAGGAGUGUCAAGGCUCACGAAGGAGUGUCAAGGCUCACGAAGGAGUGUCAAGGCCUACGAAGGAGUGUCAAGGCUCACGAAGGAGUGUCAAGGCCUACGAAGGAGUGUCAAGGCCUACGAAGGAGUGUCAAGGCUCACGAAGGAGUGUCAAGGCCUACGAAGGAGUGUCAAGGCUCACGAAGGAGUGUCAAGGCCUACGAAGGAGUGUCAAGGCUCACGAUGGAGUGUCAAGACCUACGAAGGAGUGUCAAGGCUCACGAAGGAGUGUCAAGGCCUACGAAGGAGUGUCAAGGCUCACGAAGGAGUGUCAAGGCUCACGAAGGAGUGUCAAGGCCUACGAAGGAGUGUCAAGGCUCACGAAGGAGUGUCAAGGCUCACGAAGGAGUGUCAAGGCUCACGAAGGAGCGUCAAGGCCUACGCAGGAGUGUCAAGGCUCACGAAGGAGUGUCAAGGCUCACGAAGGAGUGUCAAGGCUCACGAAGGAGUGUCAAGGCUCACGAAGGAGUGUCAAGGCCUACGAAGGAGUGUCAAGGCUCACGAAGGAGUGUCAAGGCUCACGAAGGAGUGUCAAGGCUCACGAAGGAGUGUCAAGGCCUACGAAGGAGUGUCAAGGCUCACGAAGGAGUGUCAAGGCUCACGAGGAGUGUCAAGGCCUACGAAGGAGUGUUAAGGCUCACGAAGGAGUGUCAAGGCCUACGAAGGAGUGUCAAGGCCUACGAAGGAGUGUCAAGGCUCACGAAGGAGUGUCAAGGCUCACGAAGGAGUGUCAAGGCCUACGAAGGAGUGUCAAGGCUCACGAAGGAGUGUCAAGGCCUACGAAGGAGUGUCAAGGCUCACGAAGGAGUGUCAAGGCCUACGAAGGAGUGUCAAGGCUCACGAAGGAGUGUCAAGGCCUACGAAGGAGUGUCAAGGCUCACGAAGGAGUGUCAAGGCUCACGAAGGAGUGUCAAGGCCUACGAAGGAGUGUCAAGGCUCACGAAGGAGUGUCAAGGCCUACGAAGGAGUGUCAAGGCCUACGAAGGAGUGUCAAGGCUCACGAAGGAGUGUCAAGGCCUACGAAGGAGUGUCAAGGCUCACGAAGGAGUGUCAAGGCCUACGAAGGAGUGUCAAGGCUCACGAUGGAGUGUCAAGACCUACGAAGGAGUGUCAAGGCUCACGAAGGAGUGUCAAGGCCUACGAAGGAGUGUCAAGGCUCACGAAGGAGUGUCAAGGCUCACGAAGGAGUGUCAAGGCCUACGAAGGAGUGUCAAGGCUCACGAAGGAGUGUCAAGGCUCACGAAGGAGUGUCAAGGCUCACGAAGGAGCGUCAAGGCCUACGCAGGAGUGUCAAGGCUCACGAAGGAGUGUCAAGGCUCACGAAGGAGUGUUAAGGCUCACGAAGGAGUGUCAAGGCUCACGAAGGAGUGUCAAGGCUCACAAAGGAGUGUCAAGGCCUACGAAGGAGUGUCAAGGCUCACGAAGGAGUGUCAAGGCCUACGAAGGAGUGUCAAGGCUCAAGAAGGAGUGUCAAGGCUCACGAAGGAGUGUCAAGGCUCACGAAGGAGUGUCAAGGCUCACAAAGGAGCGUCAAGGCCUACGCAGGAGUGUCAAGGCUCACGAAGGAGUGUCAAGGCUCACGAAGGAGUGUCAAGGCUCACGAAGGAGUGUCAAGGCUCACGAAGGAGUGUCAAGGCCUACGAAGGAGUGUCAAGGCUCACGAAGGAGUGUCAAGGCUCACGAAGGAGUGUCAAGGCUCACGAAGGAGUGUCAAGGCCUACGAAGGAGUGUCAAGGCUCACGAAGGAGUGUCAAGGCCUACGAAGGAGUGUCAAGGCUCACGAAGGAGUGUCAAGGCCUACGAAGGAGUGUCAAGGCUCACGAAGGAGUGUCAAGGCCUACGAAGGAGUGUCAAGGCUCACGAAGGAGUGUCAAGGCUCACGAAGGAGUGUCAAGGCCUACGAAGGAGUGUCAAGGCUCACGAAGGAGUGUCAAGGCCUACGAAGGAGUGUCAAGGCCUACGAAGGAGUGUCAAGGCUCACGAAGGAGUGUCAAGGCCUACGAAGGAGUGUCAAGGCUCACGAAGGAGUGUCAAGGCCUACGAAGGAGUGUCAAGGCUCACGAUGGAGUGUCAAGACCUACGAAGGAGUGUCAAGGCUCACGAAGGAGUGUCAAGGCCUACGAAGGAGUGUCAAGGCUCACGAAGGAGUGUCAAGGCUCACGAAGGAGUGUCAAGGCCUACGAAGGAGUGUCAAGGCUCACGAAGGAGUGUCAAGGCUCACGAAGGAGUGUCAAGGCUCACGAAGGAGCGUCAAGGCCUACGCAGGAGUGUCAAGGCUCACGAAGGAGUGUCAAGGCUCACGAAGGAGUGUCAAGGCUCACGAAGGAGUGUCAAGGCUCACGAAGGAGUGUCAAGGCCUACGAAGGAGUGUCAAGGCUCACGAAGGAGUGUCAAGGCUCACGAAGGAGUGUCAAGGCUCACGAAGGAGUGUCAAGGCCUACGAAGGAGUGUCAAGGCUCACGAAGGAGUGUCAAGGCUCACGAGGAGUGUCAAGGCCUACGAAGGAGUGUUAAGGCUCACGAAGGAGUGUCAAGGCCUACGAAGGAGUGUCAAGGCCUACGAAGGAGUGUCAAGGCUCACGAAGGAGUGUCAAGGCUCACAAAGGAGUGUCAAGGCCUACGAAGGAGUGUCAAGGCUCACGAAGGAGUGUCAAGGCCUACGAAGGAGUGUCAAGGCUCAAGAAGGAGUGUCAAGGCUCACGAAGGAGUGUCAAGGCUCACGAAGGAGUGUCAAGGCUCACAAAGGAGCGUCAAGGCCUACGCAGGAGUGUCAAGGCUCACGAAGGAGUGUCAAGGCUCACGAAGGAGUGUCAAGGCUCACGAAGGAGUGUCAAGGCUCACGAAGGAGUGUCAAGGCCUACGAAGGAGUGUCAAGGCUCACGAAGGAGUGUCAAGGCUCACGAAGGAGUGUCAAGGCUCACGAAGGAGUGUCAAGGCCUACGAAGGAGUGUCAAGGCUCACGAAGGAGUGUCAAGGCCUACGAAGGAGUGUCAAGGCUCACGAAGGAGUGUCAAGGCCUACGAAGGAGUGUCAAGGCUCACGAAGGAGUGUCAAGGCCUACGAAGGAGUGUCAAGGCUCACGAAGGAGUGUCAAGGCUCACGAAGGAGUGUCAAGGCCUACGAAGGAGUGUCAAGGCUCACGAAGGAGUGUCAAGGCCUACGAAGGAGUGUCAAGGCCUACGAAGGAGUGUCAAGGCUCACGAAGGAGUGUCAAGGCCUACGAAGGAGUGUCAAGGCUCACGAAGGAGUGUCAAGGCCUACGAAGGAGUGUCAAGGCUCACGAAGGAGUGUCAAGGCUCACAAAGGAGUGUCAAGGCCUACGAAGGAGUGUCAAGGCUCACGAAGGAGUGUCAAGGCCUACGAAGGAGUGUCAAGGCUCACGAAGGAGUGUCAAGGCUCACGAAGGAGUGUCAAGGCCUACGAAGGAGUGUCAAGGCUCACGAAGGAGUGUCAAGGCCUACGAAGGAGUGCCAAGGCUCACGAGGAGUGUCAAGGCCUACGAAGGAGUGUCAAGGCUCACGAAGGAGUGUCAAGGCCUACGAAGGAGUGUCAAGGCUCACGAAGGAGUGUCAAGGCCUACGAAGGAGUGUCAAGGCUCACGAAGGAGUGUCAAGGCUCACGAAGGAGUGUCAAGGCCUACGAAGGAGAGUCAAGGCCUACGAAGGAGUGUCAAGGCUCACGAAGGAGUGUCAAGGCCUACGAAGGAGUGUCAAGGCUCACGAAGGAGUGUCAAGGCCUACGAAGGAGUGUCAAGGCUCACGAAGGAGUGUCAAGGCUCCCGAAGGAGUGUCAAUGCUCACGAAAGAGUGUCAAGGCCUACGAAGGAGUGUCAAGGCUCACGAAGGAGUGUCAAGGCCUACGAAGGAGUGUCAAGGCUCACGAAGGAGUGUCAAGGCUCACGAGGAGUGUCAAGGCCUACGAAGGAGUGUUAAGGCUCACGAAGGAGUGUCAAGGCCUACGAAGGAGUGUCAAGGCCUACGAAGGAGUGUCAAGGCUCACGAAGGAGUGUCAAGGCUCACAAAGGAGUGUCAAGGCCUACGAAGGAGUGUCAAGGCUCACGAAGGAGUGUCAAGGCCUACGAAGGAGUGUCAAGGCUCAAGAAGGAGUGUCAAGGCUCACGAAGGAGUGUCAAGGCUCACGAAGGAGUGUCAAGGCUCACAAAGGAGCGUCAAGGCCUACGCAGGAGUGUCAAGGCUCACGAAGGAGUGUCAAGGCUCACGAAGGAGUGUCAAGGCUCACGAAGGAGUGUCAAGGCUCACGAAGGAGUGUCAAGGCCUACGAAGGAGUGUCAAGGCUCACGAAGGAGUGUCAAGGCUCACGAAGGAGUGUCAAGGCUCACGAAGGAGUGUCAAGGCCUACGAAGGAGUGUCAAGGCUCACGAAGGAGUGUCAAGGCCUACGAAGGAGUGUCAAGGCUCACGAAGGAGUGUCAAGGCCUACGAAGGAGUGUCAAGGCUCACGAAGGAGUGUCAAGGCCUACGAAGGAGUGUCAAGGCUCACGAAGGAGUGUCAAGGCUCACGAAGGAGUGUCAAGGCCUACGAAGGAGUGUCAAGGCUCACGAAGGAGUGUCAAGGCCUACGAAGGAGUGUCAAGGCCUACGAAGGAGUGUCAAGGCUCACGAAGGAGUGUCAAGGCCUACGAAGGAGUGUCAAGGCUCACGAAGGAGUGUCAAGGCCUACGAAGGAGUGUCAAGGCUCACGAUGGAGUGUCAAGACCUACGAAGGAGUGUCAAGGCUCACGAAGGAGUGUCAAGGCCUACGAAGGAGUGUCAAGGCUCACGAAGGAGUGUCAAGGCUCACGAAGGAGUGUCAAGGCCUACGAAGGAGUGUCAAGGCUCACGAAGGAGUGUCAAGGCUCACGAAGGAGUGUCAAGGCUCACGAAGGAGCGUCAAGGCCUACGCAGGAGUGUCAAGGCUCACGAAGGAGUGUCAAGGCUCACGAAGGAGUGUUAAGGCUCACGAAGGAGUGUCAAGGCUCACGAAGGAGUGUCAAGGCCUACGAAGGAGUGUCAAGGCUCACGAAGGAGUGUCAAGGCUCACGAAGGAGUGUCAAGGCUCACGAAGGAGUGUCAAGGCCUACGAAGGAGUGUCAAGGCUCACGAAGGAGUGUCAAGGCUCACGAGGAGUGUCAAGGCCUACGAAGGAGUGUUAAGGCUCACGAAGGAGUGUCAAGGCCUACGAAGGAGUGUCAAGGCCUACGAAGGAGUGUCAAGGCUCACGAAGGAGUGUCAAGGCUCACAAAGGAGUGUCAAGGCCUACGAAGGAGUGUCAAGGCUCACGAAGGAGUGUCAAGGCCUACGAAGGAGUGUCAAGGCUCAAGAAGGAGUGUCAAGGCUCACGAAGGAGUGUCAAGGCUCACGAAGGAGUGUCAAGGCUCACAAAGGAGCGUCAAGGCCUACGCAGGAGUGUCAAGGCUCACGAAGGAGUGUCAAGGCUCACGAAGGAGUGUCAAGGCUCACGAAGGAGUGUCAAGGCUCACGAAGGAGUGUCAAGGCCUACGAAGGAGUGUCAAGGCUCACGAAGGAGUGUCAAGGCUCACGAAGGAGUGUCAAGGCUCACGAAGGAGUGUCAAGGCCUACGAAGGAGUGUCAAGGCUCACGAAGGAGUGUCAAGGCCUACGAAGGAGUGUCAAGGCUCACGAAGGAGUGUCAAGGCCUACGAAGGAGUGUCAAGGCUCACGAAGGAGUGUCAAGGCCUACGAAGGAGUGUCAAGGCUCACGAAGGAGUGUCAAGGCUCACGAAGGAGUGUCAAGGCCUACGAAGGAGUGUCAAGGCUCACGAAGGAGUGUCAAGGCCUACGAAGGAGUGUCAAGGCCUACGAAGGAGUGUCAAGGCUCACGAAGGAGUGUCAAGGCCUACGAAGGAGUGUCAAGGCUCACGAAGGAGUGUCAAGGCCUACGAAGGAGUGUCAAGGCUCACGAAGGAGUGUCAAGGCUCACAAAGGAGUGUCAAGGCCUACGAAGGAGUGUCAAGGCUCACGAAGGAGUGUCAAGGCCUACGAAGGAGUGUCAAGGCUCACGAAGGAGUGUCAAGGCUCACGAAGGAGUGUCAAGGCCUACGAAGGAGUGUCAAGGCUCACGAAGGAGUGUCAAGGCCUACGAAGGAGUGCCAAGGCUCACGAGGAGUGUCAAGGCCUACGAAGGAGUGUCAAGGCUCACGAAGGAGUGUCAAGGCCUACGAAGGAGUGUCAAGGCUCACGAAGGAGUGUCAAGGCCUACGAAGGAGUGUCAAGGCUCACGAAGGAGUGUCAAGGCUCACGAAGGAGUGUCAAGGCCUACGAAGGAGAGUCAAGGCCUACGAAGGAGUGUCAAGGCUCACGAAGGAGUGUCAAGGCCUACGAAGGAGUGUCAAGGCUCACGAAGGAGUGUCAAGGCCUACGAAGGAGUGUCAAGGCUCACGAAGGAGUGUCAAGGCUCCCGAAGGAGUGUCAAUGCUCACGAAAGAGUGUCAAGGCCUACGAAGGAGUGUCAAGGCUCACGAAGGAGUGUCAAGGCCUACGAAGGAGUGUCAAGGCUCACGAAGGAGUGUCAAGGCUCACGAGGAGUGUCAAGGCCUACGAAGGAGUGUUAAGGCUCACGAAGGAGUGUCAAGGCCUACGAAGGAGUGUCAAGGCCUACGAAGGAGUGUCAAGGCUCACGAAGGAGUGUCAAGGCUCACAAAGGAGUGUCAAGGCCUACGAAGGAGUGUCAAGGCUCACGAAGGAGUGUCAAGGCCUACGAAGGAGUGUCAAGGCUCAAGAAGGAGUGUCAAGGCUCACGAAGGAGUGUCAAGGCUCACGAAGGAGUGUCAAGGCUCACAAAGGAGCGUCAAGGCCUACGCAGGAGUGUCAAGGCUCACGAAGGAGUGUCAAGGCUCACGAAGGAGUGUCAAGGCUCACGAAGGAGUGUCAAGGCUCACGAAGGAGUGUCAAGGCCUACGAAGGAGUGUCAAGGCUCACGAAGGAGUGUCAAGGCUCACGAAGGAGUGUCAAGGCUCACGAAGGAGUGUCAAGGCCUACGAAGGAGUGUCAAGGCUCACGAAGGAGUGUCAAGGCCUACGAAGGAGUGUCAAGGCUCACGAAGGAGUGUCAAGGCCUACGAAGGAGUGUCAAGGCUCACGAAGGAGUGUCAAGGCCUACGAAGGAGUGUCAAGGUUCACGAAGGAGUGUCAAGGCUCACGAAGGAGUGUCAAGGCCUACGAAGGAGUGUCAAGGCUCACGAAGGAGUGUCAAGGCCUACGAAGGAGUGUCAAGGCCUACGAAGGAGUGUCAAGGCUCACGAAGGAGUGUCAAGGCCUACGAAGGAGUGUCAAGGCUCACGAAGGAGUGUCAAGGCCUACGAAGGAGUGUCAAGGCUCACGAAGGAGUGUCAAGGCUCACAAAGGAGUGUCAAGGCCUACGAAGGAGUGUCAAGGCUCACGAGGGAGUGUCAAGGCCUACGAAGGAGUGUCAAGGCUCACGAAGGAGUGUCAAGGCUCACGAAGGAGUGUCAAGGCCUACGAAGGAGUGUCAAGGCUCACGAAGGAGUGUCAAGGCCUACGAAGGAGUGCCAAGGCUCACGAGGAGUGUCAAGGCCUACGAAGGAGUGUCAAGGCUCACGAAGGAGUGUCAAGGCCUACGAAGGAGUGUCAAGGCUCACGAAGGAGUGUCAAGGCCUACGAAGGAGUGUCAAGGCUCACGAAGGAGUGUCAAGGCUCACGAAGGAGUGUCAAGGCUCACGAAGGAGUGUCAAGGCUCACGAAGGAGUGUCAAGGCUCACGAAGGAGUGCCAAGGCCUACGAAGGAGUGUCAAGGCUCACGAAGGAGUGCCAAGGCCUACGAAGGAGUGUCAAGGCUCACGAAGGAGUGUCAAGGCUCACGAAGGAGUGUCAAGGCCUACGAAGGAGUGUCAAGGCUCACGAAGGAGUGUCAAGGCCUACGAAGGAGUGCCAAGGCUCACGAGGAGUGUCAAGGCCUACGAAGGAGUGUUAAGGCUCACGAAGGAGUGUCAAGGCCUACGAAGGAGUGUCAAGGCCUACGAAGGAGUGUCAAGGCUCACGAAGGAGUGUUAAGGCUCACGAUGGAGUGUCAAGACCUACGAAGGAGUGUCAAGGCUCACGAAGGAGUGUCAAGGCUCACAAAGGAGUGUCAAGGCCUACGAAGGAGUGUCAAGGCUCACGAAGGAGUGUCAAGGCCUACGAAGGAGUGUCAAGGCUCACGAAGGAGUGUCAAGGCUCACGAAGGAGUGUCAAGGCCUACGAAGGAGUGUCAAGGCUCACGAAGGAGUGUCAAGGCUCACGAAGGAGUGUCAAGGCCUACGAAGGAGUGUCAAGGCCUACGAAGGAGUGUCAAGGCUCACGAAGGAGUGUCAAGGCUCACAAAGGAGUGUCAAGGCUCACGAAGGAGUGUCAAGGCCUACGAAGGAGUGUCAAGGCUCACGAAGGAGUGUCAAGGCUCACAGAGGAGUGUCAAGGCUCACGAAGGAGUGUCAAGGCAUACGAAGGAGUGUCAAGGCUCACGAAGGAGUGUCAAGGCUCACGAAGGAGUGUCCGUGAGCCUUGACACUCCUUCGUGUGCCUUGACACUCCUUCGUAGGCCUUGA